CUGGUGACCCACGGAGCAGGGCCAUGGCGGCGGCGGUGUGCAGACGGCGUCUACCCUGGGCGUGGCUGUGCAGGAGCGCCGGGCAGGAGGUGGGCCGGCACUACCGCGCCGCGGUGUGCGCCGAGCUGAAGCAGCCCCUGGCCAUUAGAGACGUGGCCCCUCGCCCUGUCCGGCCUCACGAGGUCAGAGUGGAUGUCCAUUUCUGCGGUGUUAACUUUGCUGAUAAUUUGGUCUGCCGUGGUCAGUAUCAGGAAAAGCCCUCUGUUCCCUUCGUACCUGGGAUGGAGUUUUCUGGCGUGGUGUUGGAGACAGGUGCAGAUGUCAGCACGGUCAAAGAGGGAGAUCGAGUUAUUGGCGUGAGCUCCAUUAAUGCUAUGGCUGAAGAAUGCAUCACUGACCAGAAGAGCCUGUGGAAGAUUCCAGAAGAGGUCUCCCUACAAGAAGCUGCUAUUCUGCCUGUAUCUUACGGCACUGCUAUUUUGGCUCUAGAGCACCGGGCCCGGGUCCAGCCUGGAGAAACGGUUUUGGUGACGGCGGCAGCUGGAGCCACAGGCCUUGCUGUGAUAGAUGUGGCAACGAAUGUUCUUCAGGCCAAGGUCAUUGCUGCUGCUGGAAGUGAUGAGAAAUGCAAGCUGGCGAUGCAGAGGGGCGCACAGUCCAGCGUGAACUACACCCAGGGCAGCCUGAAGGAGGCAGUGAGGAAGCUGGUGGGCGACGGCGGGGUCAAUGUGGCCGUGGACAUGGUGGGAGGAGAUGUCUUCCUGGAGGCGCUCCGCAGCCUGGCCUGGGAGGGCAGGAUUGUGGUGCUGGGGUUUGCUGGAGGAAACAUCGCUUCUCUGCCAACCAACCUUUUGCUCCUGAAGAAUGUCUCUGCCAUGGGGCUGUACUGGGGACGCUACAAAAGCCACAGCCCUUCCCUCUUCUCCAAGAGCCUGUCCUCAGCUCUCCAGUACUGCCAGCAAGGCUGCCUCCAGCCGUACACGGGAAGGGUGUUUAAGCUCGAGGAGGUCAAUGAUGCCUUCCUCCACGUGAUACAGCGCAAAUCCACAGGCAAAGUGCUUCUGUCUCUGAAAUAAGUCCUGGACUAGCAGCAAGCUCAGCAUGCCCCAAGCCAAACCCCUCGUCUCUCCCAGAACCCGCGUCCCCUCCUGUGUUUCUGAAGGCGCCCCCACCUUCCUUACUAACCCAGGUUCGCAAUCUUAGGGUCACCUCUGAUUUUAGUUUCUGCUUGUUCAUGAUUCGUGCGAUCAGACAGCUGACUGUCCAAACUUGGGCCUUUUUGAGAGGAAGAGAAGGCUUUUAGUAAUUACCCAGGAGGCCGUGUUCUAGGUAAGCCAGGAGGUACGGUUACUCUGUUUGUUAUAAUCCAUCAGUUGCCACAUUCUCUCAUUCCCUCUCUUGAGUGUCUCCCACCUGCACAUCCUGUGUUUUUCAUUCUCAGUAUGUCUUGUGAUAUCUCCGCUGACCCUGUGUCUGGCUUUCCUACACGUCAAUUACCCCUCUCUGUCCUUUGUUACACAUUUUUGCCCGGGUGAUCUCCUGGAAGCAUAGCUCUGACUACAUCUCAUCUUAGAAAACCUGCAGUGGCUCACGUGCCUCCAGGGUGGAGUUCAGACCCUGUGAGUAGCAUUUCAUCAUGGCCGUCAUCUCAUCCCUUUCUCUUUUCCACCCUGGUCCCUGGUGUGCUCAGAGCUUCUCCGUGUCCCCUGUUGGCUCUGCUCCUGCAGUUCCUCCAUGCCGGUCAGACAGAAGCCCUCAUGACCCCCACGAAGGCCCUUUGCCCUGUGCCUUUACCCCAGGAGAGCAGUAAUCUCGUCUCUUCCUCUUCUGUCCCCUGUAGCUUCUCCUUGGGGAUUUGCCACGUGCUGCCCUGUAUCAUCGGGCAUGGGCAGGGCAGUGCACAUAGGCUUCUCAGUCUCAGGAGUGGGUUUGAAUCCCAUCUCUCCCCUUCGGAGCUGGGUACUUGGGUCUCUGUGCCUUCAUUUUCCUCACUGAAAUACCUCUAUCAGUAUCAGUAUCCUCACAAAGUUGUGGGCCAAUUAAUUAUGCAACAAUUGGGAAGUGCCUGGGCUGUGGUCAGCAUUAGCGAACAAUGCUGAUUACGUUCACUUCUUUCUCUUCUCCUUUGUCCAAUGUAUCAUCAGUUCCCUGAGAGCAGAUGCUGUGUCUGAUGCACUGUUGCACAUCCCAUAAGACCUGUCAUAAUGAAUUACCCUUGAAUACAUGCCAAAGUCAUACUUUGUGGGAUCAAAGUGAGACUGUGUUGCCUGGAAACAACCCACAUGUCCAAUGAUAAGUGAAUGAAUAAACAAAAAAUAAGGUAUA